CCACACAGAAAGGCCACAGGUGGGAAUCAGUCCAAUGAGCUUCAUGCUGUGAGACAACAGUGCUAACCACUAAACCACCAUGCUGCCCUGCACCAGCAACAUUUGUGCCAAGAUCAACAUCUCAACAACUAAUCUCAACAAUACAUUAAGGUCAAAUCUAAGCAGUGAAAUUCUAAAUAAAACAACCAUAGAACCACAAGUUGAAAAAUUAUGAACCCAAAUCAGAAAAAGUUAGUACGAGGUGAAAAAUGCACACGUGCGCACACGCAUACAAAAACCCUGCAGUGGUUCUUACAUUAACUUUGACUUCUGCUUCAAUACAGACAGUAUGAACCCAAGAUAUUUCAAGUUUUGUUAGGUCAACUUCAUUUCAUUUGUUAAUAGACACCCAUUCCUAUUCCCUGAAACAUAUUCCAAAAACUAAAAAGAUAGGAUUAAAAAAGGAAGACAGGAAGAAACCUCAAGUGGACCAGACUCAGUGGGGUGAUCAUCUGCACUGGACAUACUAACAAUAACAAUAGAUAAGCAAGCAAAACAAAGAAUGGGCAAACAUGCAAAAACAGAAAUGUUGCAGCAAAGCAAUCAUCCACAUAUACAGUCCAGUGGUCGCAACAACUGAUGAGUCCAAAAGACAUCCAAAUGGUGAAGAGCAGAGUCUCAGUAAAUGGAAUAUAAUUAGCGAGUUGGUGGUCAAAGCCAGUUCAGUCAUAGAAGGAACACUCUCCAUAAUAUGUCCAUUAGAUUCUUCCAAAAGUCCUCAGCACACUCCAGAUUUCCCCAGUUCCCCACAGAUCUCACAUACCCUAGUCCUGGAAGGAUCUCGUAGGAUCGUAUGGAUGGCUGAUGGACGGACAGAAGGAUCUAUAAAGCUCAGCCUGUGUUAGUAGCACUUAGGUCCUGGUCAUCAGUGGUCUGCCUUUUCAUCAGCAAUUUGACCUCAGACAGAAAACAAAGCAGAAACCAAUCAGCCAGAAUGAGUAGUCCACAACAACACCAUCUCACAGCAAGGAAUUAACAGAAAGUGUUGACAUGUUUGCUGGUAACAUAAUUCUACGCUUGACUAACAUGGCCCAGAACUUGGCUGUGAUGAGACUGAGUCUUACUCCACCAGUAAUGGUAAUAAUUGAAGCUGGACAGAAAGAAUGAAUCAAUGCAAGUACGUCUAUAUCAACUAUAAUGCAGAACAGACAAGUCGUUAUUCUGGAUUUAAAUAACUCCACAGAAUCAGAAUAUUUCUAAGCAGGCAGACUAUUCCACACAACAGGUGCAUGAUAAGAAAAAGCUCUGUGACCUGCUGAUUUCUUCUUUACCUUUGGAACACACACUAAUCCUGCAUCCUGAGAAUGCAGAGUACAAGUCAGCUUAUUCAUCUCUACACAGUAGCAUCAGCUCAUCCUUUUUAAAACCAGACCUGGCAACUCAAUGAGCAGGAGCUCUAAAUCUAUAAUCUUUUUACUUUCUUUUUUUUUUUUUUUUUUGAGGAAUGGAGGGAUUAAGCCAAUGUUGAGGCGUGUCUGUUAUGAGUGUGUGUAAUCUUGAGUAAAACAGCAACAGCUGAAUCAAAUAAGGAAGAAGCUGAAAGGUGCAGGAACACAGAGGGAGUGGACAUGGCUACAUGGGAUUCAUGUGGGAGCAGCAGCCUGGUCUUCAGUCCACCACACUGUAUGAAUAUUCAGCUUACUGCACAGAAACAAGAAUUCAACAGAUGGCCCACCAACACUGGACAUCGCGCUUUGUCUCGCUCCAUGUCACAGACGUCCACAGACAGCCACAGUUCAGUGUGGAGCGACAGCUCGGAGGAUGAUUCAUCACCCAAAAACAAAUUUCAGCAGAACUCCAAGGGCUUCACCGACUUCUGCAUCAAAAACAUCAAGAGGGCUGAUUUUGGACGCAAAGAAAUAGAAAUGGCAGAGCAAGAAAUGCCAGCGCUGAUGAUCUUGAGGAAAAGAGCAGGUGGGGAGAAGCCUCUGGCUGGAGCCAAAGUGGUCGGCUGCACACACAUCACUGCACAGACAGCGGUGCUGAUUGAGACGUUGUCCAUGUUGGGAGCUCAGUGUCGCUGGGCGGCUUGUAACAUCUACUCCACUCAGAACACUGUGGCUGCUGCUCUCGCCGAACGAGGUACUUCAGUAUUCGCUUGGAAUGGCGAAUCAGAGGAUGACUUCUGGUGGUGUAUUGACAAAUGUGUCAAUGUCGAGAGCUGGCAGCCUAAUCUGAUUUUGGAUGACGGAGGCGACCUGACCCACUGGAUCUAUAACCAGCACCCUGCUCUGUUCAAGAAGAUGAAAGGCAUUGUAGAGGAAAGUGUUACAGGAGUCUAUAGGUUGUACCAGCUGUCAAAGGCUGGGAAGCUUUGUGUUCCAGCCAUGAACAUUAAUGACUCUGUAACCAAGCAGAAGUUUGACAACCUCUACUGUUGCAAGGAGUCCUUAUUGGAUGGCUUGAAACGCACCACUGAUGUCAUGGUUGGUGGGAAACAAGUGGUGGUGUGCGGUUAUGGUGAGGUUGGCAAAGGUUGCUGUGCUGCCCUGAAAGCAUCGGGUGCUGUUGUAUAUGUCACAGAGGUGGAUCCUAUUUGUGCCCUUCAGGCCUGCAUGGAUGGCUUCAGAGUAGUUAAACUGAGUGAAAUGAUCCGGCAUGCAGACAUUAUCAUCACCUGCACAGGCAAUAAAAACGUGGUGGUUCGAGAACAGCUGGACAGAAUGAAAAACGGCUGCAUAGUCUGCAACAUGGGACACUCCAACUCAGAGAUAGAUCUGGGGAGUCUGAAGACUCCAAAACUUCGGUGGCACCGCGUGAGGCCUCAGGUGGACCAUGUGAUUUGGCCUGAUGGAAAAAGAAUAAUCCUGCUAGCUGAGGGGCGCCUCCUGAAUCUGAGCUGCUCCACAGUGCCAACAUUUGUCCUCUCCAUCACCGCUACGACUCAGGCACUCGCCCUGAUAGAGCUGUACAGCGCACCAGAUGGACGAUACAAACAGGAUGUGUACCUUCUGCCUAAAAAGAUGGAUGAAUAUGUGGCUAUUCUUCACCUGUCAACGUUUGACGCGCACCUCACAGAGCUGACGGACGAACAAUCCAAGUACUUGGGUAUGAGCAAACAUGGGCCAUACAAGCCAAACUUCUACAGGUAUUAAUUAAUUCUGCAGGCGUGGCAGAAGAUCUUUGAACUUCAUUUGUUUUUUGAAGAUCUUGAACUGUGGCGCCCUCUGCUGUCUGAAGCCUGAUGGUGUGACCAGAAUUGAGUUUUUAGUAAUGUUUUACUUUUGCUCACUGCAUUUUCUAUGGCCUCUGCUUUCCUGUCAUACUGUUUAAUCUGCACAGCAGUUCUGUAGAGGAACAGUAACCCUCUGAAAUGCUUUCCAGCUUGAAGUAAUAAAACCACAGCAAAA